AUGAGCGAGGUUAUUCGUUAUCUCUGCGAUUCUUUCAAGCCGUUGGUGACCGAUGAUGAGUAUGAACGCGUGGAAAACUGCACGGAUGCGGAAUUAACGAAAGCACUGUUGUCCAAGAAAUUUCAGCUAGCCACAAAUCCCAAAAAGAGACCUUCAACUAUCCGUGUUGAUAACAUCAAGAGAAUGAAUAAUGGUUUUGGGCUUGGUAUAGAGCAUAAGACAUCACCACCUAUUGCUUAUGCAAACCUCAAGAAUCCUGAGCUAGUAGAAGCACAGCGUCGUCUAAGUAAACUGCGCCGAUCACAGUCUAGCUUGAACUCGGGACAGUCGGAAAGGGAGCAGUUGGAAGAUAUUAAUGCUUUACUCAAGCGCAUCAGCGAACUCAAACAACAAAGGGCUAGUGCGCUCAAUGCCAUCAGAAUCAUACCCUGCACAGGAUUCUACGCUACUGGUCUCUAUGCGGACAUAACGGCACAUAUCUUGCUUUUGGUGCUUGCAGUGAAACAUGCCCGGUUUCAUUGGUCUUUGUUGGAGUUCGAGAAGAUCAUUGGCCACAAUUUCAUCAAUCGGACGCUUAUUGAACUAGCUUUCACUCAUCCUUCUUACAAAAACGAUUUUGGAACAAAUGUGGAUCAUGUGAAGACGGCGCUCACCAAUUGCUCAUUUCGCCGAUAUGCACCUUUUACGGAAAAUAAUGAAAAGAAAAAAGGAUUCCGAAAUCUAAUGCAUAUCAUGGCUCAAUCUGGCUCAAGCAGUGCAGGAUUGUCCAAAAUUGCACAUAACGAGCGGCUAGAGUAUCUCGGAGAUGCGGUAGUGGAAUUGGUGGUUUCGAGCAGGCUCUUCUUCAUUCUUCCCCAUCAAGAGGAAGGAGGUCUUGCCACCUAUCGAAGUGCUCUUGUCCAAAAUCGGAAUCUUGCCGCUCUUGGCAAGAAACUGCAUCUGGGAGACUGGAUGAUGUAUGCACAUGGAAUUGACUUGUGUGAUGAAGAAGACUUCCGGAAAUCGUUGGCAAAUACUUUCGAGGCUGUAUUGGCUGCCCUGUAUUUGGACGCGGGAAUUGAGGAAUGUGAUCGGUAA